CUGACCUGAAUCCUAUUGAGAUGCUGUGGCAUGACCUUAAAAAGGCGCUUCAUGCUGGAAAACCCUCCAAUGUGGCUGAAUGACAACAAUUCUGCAAAGAUGAGUGGGCCAAAAUUCCUCCACAGCGCUGUAAGAGACUCAUUGCAAGUUAUCACAAACGCUUGAUUGCAGUUGUUGCUGCUAAGGGUGGCCCAACCACUUAUUAGCUUUAGGGGGCAAACACUUUUUCACACAGGGUCAUGUAGGUUUGGAUUUUUUUCUCCCAUAAUAAUAAAACAUUCCAUUUAAAAACUGCAUUUUGUGUUCAGUUGUGUUGUCAUUGACUAAUAUUUACAUUUGUUUGAUGAUCUGAAACGUUUAAGUGUGACAAACAUGCAAAAAACUAAGAAAUCAGGACGGGGGCAAACACCUUUUCACACCACUUGUAUGUCGACAACCGCUUAUGUCGACGUAAGUCAGCCAGUCUGAGGUAUGUUGUCUGUUUUCUGUUGUAUUCCUACCUCCAUUACGUCCUAGAAAGAAUUGCAUUCUGUUCCUAGUUGUACCAUCUCUGUAGUGUAUGUGUUUAAUUCAACAUUAUGUAACAUUAUUAUACAUAAACAGCAAACAUCGUAUUUUGGAUUGUGGUCGGUUGAGUGAGCACAGCCAAUCAAAAGUCACAUUGCUAGCAGAUGACCGUAUACGUGCUGCUUUGCACUCGUAACACUUACGUACUAGCCUACAGAGCGUAACCUAACGUCUUCAUUGUGUCCACCCAACAGGUGUCUGAUGGUAUACAAAGAAGGAGGGGGGGAAGUGGGCGGAGUAAGGGCUGUAUUUAAGACGGGGGUCUUACUCGUCCUCUUCAUCAGUUGCCUUUUGUCUACUCUGUCUCUGCACCUGAGCCUCCGGCCUGCCCUCGCCCGCCAGUCAGAAUGUCUUUGCCCAACUCUGAGAACAACUCCACCCUGGAGAGCGCCAUGCAGCUCCUGAUCCAAACCUUCCACAAGUACUCCGGAAACGAGGGCGAUAAAUACACACUGAGCAAGCUUGAGCUCAAAGAGAUGCUCACCACAGAGCUCGGCAACUACCUGGGGCACGCCCAAGACAAGGAGGCGGUGGAUAAGGUCAUGUGUGAUCUGGACUCCAACGGGGACGGCGAGGUGGAUUUCACCGAGUUCAUCAUCCUGGUGGGCGCCCUCACUGUGGCGUGCAACGACUUUUUCCUGGAAUACAACGAGAAGCCCUGCAAGAAGUGAACGUAGCGCACACAGCGCAGCACUCCAUCAAGAGAGAGGACAACACGCGUCUGAAUGUCUCUUUUAAUUCCAUGUUUACAUUCCAUCUCUGUUUGGGUUCAUGCCUUUUUGUAACACUUUCAAGCUCUGGAAUCCCCCCUGGAAAGAAUAAAUGUGGUCUUUGUU